AUGGCCGCUCAGUUACCUACCUACUUGAGUAGCUACGGAGGGUACUACCUACCGUCCGCAAUCGCAGUCGGCGCGAUCUUCACGCACACUGCCUCACUAGGCAUUCUCGCCCCAGUCUUUGGCGAUACUUACCAUCGUGCCCAAGCUGCCAAUUCAAAGGAAGAGUUCUUCAAGUCUAAGGAGGCUGCUGGUGCUGCAGCGGCCUGGGGUAGCUCUCUGUUUGGCAGUGCUGUACAGACCUACGGCGUGGCGGCAUUGAUCAAUGCAACGGGGACCCUUAGUUAUAAGGGUGCAGCCUAUCUGGGAAGUUUGAUCUUUAUGGCCAGUGCAGCUCCAAGUGUCAUCAGCCAGAUCUUCACAGAGAAACGCCCCCUCGACACAGUGGCAGUGGGCGCUGUCGGCAGGGUCUUUGAGACCGUAGGACUCAGUCUAUUCCUUACCUGGUGGGGCACGCGUACCAACCCUUUCGCGUGA